GGUAGGGGGGGGGGCCGGGCAGCGCGGCGGGGCUCGGGGGCGCCGCGUGCGAGGGGAGUUCCCCGGCGGGGCGGGGGCGCGCAGAUGGCGACGCAGGUGGAGGCGCUGCUGCCCGGCGCCCCGCUGCUGCCCGCCGAGGAGCGCGCCCUGGUGCUGAAGCCGCCGCAGGACGGCGGCCGGGAGAAGGGCGAGCCGCCCAUGGGCCCCGACGGCGGUCCCGCGGCGCCGCGGCCGUCCAGCGCCAAGCAGCAGAAGGAGGAGAGCAAUAACCAGGAGAAGGAGAGCCUCCUGAGGGCGGGAGGCGAGGCGGAGGACGGCGGCGAGGCGGGAGGCGCGGGGCGCCGGGAGUUCAUCGAGGCCCCGCCGCCCAAGGUGAACCCCUGGACGAAGAACGCCCCCGCCGCCGCGCCGGCGGUGAACGGACAGUCGCCUCCAGAUAUAUUUCCAACUGACGGCCAGUCUGAACAUACAACUCCUGCGAAAGUGGUAAGGGCUGCCAACCCAAGACAGCGGAAGGGAAGCAAGGUUGGUGACUUCGGUGAUGCCACAAAUUGGCCAACACCUGGAGAAAUAGCCCACAAGAGCGUCCAGCAGCCACACAAAGCACCGUCGCUCCGGAAACUGCCUGUCAAGAAAGACAUGAAAGAGCAGGAGAAAGGGGAUGGGAGUGAUGGCAAAGAGAGCCUGAAAACCAAAUCGGAUGAGUCCGGGGAGGAGAAGAAUGGUGACGAUGACAACCAGAAGUCAGCUCAGAAGAAGAAAGGCAACAAACACAAGUGGGUCCCUUUGCAGAUAGACAUGAAGUCAGAGGUGCCUAGGGACAAAACGGCCUCUCGGAACAACCGGCAAAACGAGCAGCACAGGCACCCCUCCAACAACCGCAGCGAGCUGAAAGGCUGGCACCCGGACAACAAGCACGAGCGCAGCUGGCAGGACCACGACGAAACCUCCAGCGUGAAGAGUGAGGGAGGAGCCGUGCGAGGGACCUUCCGGGGCCGAGGCCGGGGCCGUGGCAGAGGCCGGGGCCGUGGCAGAGGAGGGCACUUUGACUACCAGUAUGGGUACCGGAAAUUCGAGGGCUCAGAUGGGUCCCGCACCCAGAAGUACGCUAGCAACAUCACUUACUACUUUGACAACAUCAGCAGCGCUGAGCUCUACAGCGUGGACCAGGAACUGCUCAAGGACUAUAUCAAGCGGCAGAUAGAAUAUUACUUCAGCGUGGACAACCUGGAGCGAGACUUCUUCCUGCGUCGCAAGAUGGACUCAGAUGGCUUCCUUCCCAUCACCCUGAUCGCUAGCUUCCACCGAGUGCAGGCGCUGACCACUGACAUCAGCCUCAUCAUCAAGGCUCUGAAGGACAGCAAGGUGGUGGAAAUUGUGGAUGAGAAGAUCAGGAGAAAAGAGCAGCCAGAAAAAUGGGCUCUUCCUGGCCCUCCUAUGGCAGACUACACACAGACAGACUUCUCACAGUUCAUCAACUGCCCUGAGUUUGUGCCCCGGCAAAGCUUCCAGAAGGAGACGGAGUCUGCUCCUGGCUCCCCACGUCCCGCCAGCCCGGUCCCCACCAAAACGGAGGAGGUCAGUAACCUGAAGACGAUGCCGAAGGGCCUGUCCGCAAGUCUUCCAGACCUGGAUUCAGAGACAUGGAUUGAAGUGAAGAAGAGACCUCGUCCCUCCCCAGCCAAGCCCAAGAAACCAGAGGAGUCAAAGACACUGCAGCAGCAGAAGCAGAAGGACCAAGAUGAACCUGAGGAGUUAGACUUCCUCUUUGAUGAGGAGAUGGAGCAGAUGGACGGCCGCAAGAACACCUUCACAGACUGGUCAGAUGAAGAUUCGGAUUAUGAGAUUGACGAUCGGGACGUGAACAAGAUCCUCAUCGUAACGCAGACGCCUCCUUACCUGCGCCGGCAUCCUGGCGGGGACCGGACUGGUAACCACACAUCCAGGGCUAAAAUGAGCUCAGAGCUUGCCAAGGUGAUCAACGAUGGGCUGUACUACUACGAGCAGGACCUAUGGACAGAGCAGUUUGAGCCAGAGUAUUCACAGAUCAAGCAAGAAGUGGAGAACUUCAAGAAGGUGAAUAUGAUCAGCAGGGAGCAGUUUGACACCCUGACGCCAGAGCCCCCUGUGGAUCCAAACCAGGAAGUCCCUCCUGGUCCCCCCAGGUUCCAGCAAGUACCUACAGACGCUUUGGCUAACAAAUUGUUUGGAGUCCCUGAGCCUUCAACCAUCGCCCGGUCUUUGCCUACAACUGUACCAGAAUCGCCCAACUACCGCAACGCCAGGACCCCCCGGACCCCUCGCACGCCUCAGCUGAAGGACCCAACGCAGACGCCCCGGUUCUACCCGGUGGUGAAAGAGGGCAGGACGAUAGAUGCCAAGACUCCGCGGAAGAGGAAGACGAGGCACAGUUCGAACCCCCCGAUGGAGUGCCACGUGGGCUGGGUGAUGGACUCUCGGGAGCACAGGCCCCGAACUGCCUCCAUCAGCUCAAGCCCCUCGGAGGGGACUCCAGCUGUCGGAAGCUACGGCUGCACCCCGCAGUCCCUGCCCAAGUUUCAGCAUCCUUCGCACGAGCUGCUCAAGGAGAACGGCUUCACGCAACAUGUCUACCACAAAUACCGUCGGCGCUGCCUUAACGAGCGGAAGCGACUGGGCAUUGGUCAGUCCCAGGAGAUGAACACGCUCUUCCGGUUCUGGUCCUUCUUCCUCCGAGAUCACUUCAACAAGAAGAUGUACGAGGAGUUCAAGCAACUGGCUGUGGAGGACGGGAAGGAGGGAUACAGGUACGGUCUGGAGUGCCUUUUCAGAUACUACAGCUACGGGCUGGAGAAGAAGUUCCGGCCAGACAUAUUUAAGGACUUUCAAGAAGAGACCAUCAAGGAUUACGAAGCUGGACAGCUCUAUGGGCUGGAAAAGUUCUGGGCCUUCUUAAAAUAUUCCAAAGCCAAAAAUCUGGACAUUAACAGCAAACUGCAAGAAUACCUCAGCAAGUUCAAGCGCCUCGAGGACUUCCGAGUGGAUCCACCCAUGGGGGAGGAAGGUGGACAUAAAAGAUACCCUACGACGUCAGGGGGAGAUGGCAGGAAGCGCUACCCAUCCCAGUCUUCCAGCAAAACGGUCAGCCAGUGCCCAUCCAGCCAAGCCCACACCUCGCCCAGCCAGCCUGCACAAGAGGAUGCCAAAAACCUGAGCCAGCAAUCCCCUGCUCCAUCAGCUGCAGAAUCGCAGACAGUGGGGAAGUAGAGAGGCUGCAGCAUCUGCUUCCUGCUGGGGGAUGGGGUGGGUUGGUGGGGGACUGGCUUGGAGAAGGGGAGACGUGAGGGGGUGGGACAGGAAGGGAGCUGGAAGGUGGGUGCCCAGGAAUAGGCUGCUUGGGAGAAACUUCAACGCACAUGAUUUUUUCUCUUGUGGCUGGAAAGCAAAGACGAUCUGCAUCUAAAAUGCCAUUUUGCUAUUACAACUCUGACCAGAGCCAGACCCACCCUUUGCUUUCCCUUCCCUCCCCUCCUGUGCACACACUCAUGUCUUAGUGUCUCUUCAAAAAAAAAUGUUCUGGCUGGGUUGGAAAGGGGAGAUUUUUUUUAUUAUUAUAUAUAUAUAUCAAGUUUUAAAUUAUUGCUAGAAGUUUGUCUGGAUUUACCAAAACAAGUCUGCUCUGUGCAGCCCCAAUGACUCCCCUCUGUGUCCCCCCUCGGAUCGCAGGGCAGCCUGCUCAGGAAGCUCGGAGGAGCGAGGUUCCCCGAUGGGGGACCGAAGCCGCAGCGUGUCACGAUGCUGUGGAGCCUCUGAUCUCCAUGACCUGGCUGACGUCUCCCAUUCCACAUACGGCGGUGCCUCUCCGACGCCGACCGCCGUGACAGGAGCAUCACCCUGUUCUUCCUGGUCCCUCCUCCCAAGCGUCUUCACCUCCAACCUUCCCGAGGGUCUGGCUCUCCCUCUGCUCGCCUCUCCCUUCCAUCACGGACAAUUUGGAAGUCAACCAAAGGACCUUUGCCAAGGAUAGGCUUGUUCUGACUCCUUCCUGUGAGGACGGUCGGUGGGAGGUUGGCAGGCACCUGGACUUGAGCCUGCGUGGACGGUGCACCCGCUGCCCCAGGAAUGCCCAUCGUAUGCAAAGACAGGACUUUGCUGAAGGAGUUUUUCUCUUCCUUUUCCCUUGGAAAAAUGAAGCAAACAACAAAAAAAAAUACAAAUCCCUCUAAAACUACAACAAAAAAACCCUAAAGACACAUCUCCCUUUGCUUUUCUUCCUUGGAAAUGUUACUGAAGAAAAAAAAAUCAAAAAAAACCCCAACAAAAAACAAAACAAAACAAAAAAAAAAGUUGCCUUAUGGUGGAGCUGGACUGGGGUGGCUCGCUGGCAGCCUGCACCCAGGGGCGCGCUGGGCUCUUGGCCCCCCAAGCCCAGAGACUCCUCACAGCGUUGCUGCCGAGCCGAUCUUCCCCAUGGCCUUUCCUCUGACCCUGCAGCUCGCUCGGAUGCCUCCCCCUGUUGCAGAGACCCCCUGCCAGCCCUGAUUCUCCCGGGGGAAGGUGCCGAGGGCAGUCAAAUCCAAGACUUGUGCUCGCAAAAUAGUUGAAGCCGCUACGUUGUGUAUAUGCCAUUGUAGCAUCCUCCCUGUGACAGCAACUCUAUGUGCUUACGGCCUUGCUCGGACCCCCGUGCCCUCCCUGGGCGGGCUGGGGUGGGGGGUCAGUCUGCUCCACUCUGCACCUCCAGCGUGGUCGGGAGGUCAGCAGGGAGAUCUGUUACAGCAGCUGGAGGGACUGGUCCAUGCUGCGAGUGCGUGGGAGGGCUGGUCUGUCCCUGAUGCCUGACAAGGGAGUGACGCAGCCCUGGGGAACCCAUCUCUCACAGCGAUCGCUGGCCUGGGGCUGCUGGUGGGACUUGUGCUGGGUGCAAGCACGAGAACUGCCCAGCAAAGGAUGGCUCUUGCCUGGGUUUCCUUGUGCGUUGUGUCUGCAGCUGCAUGGAGUCUGCUGCUCAGGGUUGUGUCCCUGUGCAUCUCCAAGGACUGAGGUAACACCAUGCUGCUCCUUGCUCGGUUGAGGCAAGGGGAUGGCUGGAGAGCUGCUGGCAUUUACUUGGUUCUUCCACCCAGCACUGAGUGGGCUUCAGCAGGCAAACCCUCCCCAGGCUUGUAAGCUGCGUUCCCUCACAGGGAGCAUGUGUCAGAGGGGUGAGAUCUCCUGGGGCCCAGUAGCAGUGCUGGAGAGUCAUGUUCCCACUAUAAGGGUACAAAAGCUCCUUUUCAGCCAGAGCCACUUGCUGCUGCUGUGCUUGGUCUCCCAGGCUGGCACACCUGCUUUGCAGCUGGCUUGGUUGGGGCUCUGGCACUCCAUCCUUGUGAGCCGCAACAUGUGCUCCUGUGCGUGGUGUGAAGCGGGCACUGCAAUGAGCUACUCAAAGAUGCAGCUAAUUGCGUUACCCUCUUUGCAAAAUCACAAGUUGGGAGCACACAGUGUUUUCCCAAAGUAUCCAGUUGAUCCAGAGCCGUGUCUCAUAGCUGGGAGGAGGAGUCAUCUCUCCAGGGCCGUCCCAGUACGGCUGCAGGGGUGGUGGGUAAGAGCUGCCAGGAUCUGAGAGUGGAGCUCAAGAGGGCGAGCUUGGGCAAGUUGUUGAUCAGCAGCAGCUGUGGACGCUUGCAGGGCCCUGGCUGACGUUACCACCUUCCCGAACUGACACUGCGUCGAAGAUGCUGCUUUAGUUAGGUGGGGCGGGGGGGAGGAGGUGGGCUGGUCCGCAUGGAGCAGCUUUGUGAACUGCUGCUAGAAUCAAAAGCACAGCUGGGUUUGAGUGAGGCUGGGUAGCUGCUACUUUGCCCUUUCCUGGUGGUGUGAUCCUGUCCUGGUCCAUCUGCCCCUGCAACACUGUUCUGCAGCGUGGUACCGCUCACAGGUUUGGUUUCAGUGCACCAGCCUGUCCGAGUCUGUGGCUUGCUCUGUUACAGCAGCAGUGCUCUGGGGUUGUGGGGCGGUAACUGGGCAAGACGGGCAAGUAAUGCUUGUACAGUGCUGCGGCCAUGACUGUUAUCUCUGGAUUUCCCCUCUCUCGUGAGCUGGAGUCAGAUCUCUGAGGUUACGGAUGCAGUCGGGUUUGCCCCUGGUUUGGGAAGGAGGAGCCCUGGAGGCUGGAGAUGGGGGUUGAUCAAGGACAUGGGAAAUGCGUUGCUGGUUGUUUGCAAGUGGAAGCAGGUCUGGAUGUGCUGCGGGUGGUCCUUGCUGCUGUGUCCCUGUGCUCUUGUCGGUGCGUGUUCUCUUUUGAAGCCAAUCGUCUGUGGUUUUGCAACGAAUUAAAUAGGAAAUGAGGAACAAGCUCCUCUGUGGAACAACUCCUGCUGUGGAGUUGCUGCCUAUGGAGCAGACUGUGGAGUUGCUUGGGUGGUAGAAGAGGUUAGAAAUUUCCCAGAGAAUUUCCCAAAAUCUGAAUUGAUUUAAAAUUAUUUUUUAGUUUCUAAGGCUGAGACUUUAGUCUUGGCAUGGAAGUUUCCCCCUCCCCUCUGCUGAGUCAGUGGUUUGUCACAUCAGUGUGGCCGAGGGCCCUGUGUGAAACCCCCGCCCUGUUUCCCAGGGGAAGCUGGGUUGGAAGAGCAAUCCCAUCCAUCCUGCCGCCCUCCGGAUUUGCAGACUGUGUGCCUUGUUUUAAUCAGUCAGACAGACGGCAGCAUAGCCAGGGAGCGAAGGAAAGACAGACGUGUCAGUCUGAGGCAGCUGUUGCUUGCUCCUGCCUGGCUUCCUCCAGACAGAGGGAACACAGGGCUGGCUGUUCGCUUCUGCUCCUUGCUGGGGCGCGAUGCCCGCCGAUGGCGAUGGCACGUGGGUGGUGGCAGAGGGAGGGAGCUCGGGGGUGCCCUGGUUACAGGGCCGUGUCCUUCCCCCUGUGCUGUGCGGAGGCCGGGGCUGCAGAGCCUGUGGUCAGUGCCCGGCCGAGGAAGGGCUGGCCGGAGCAAGGCUUUCCCCUGUCGUGUGGCCAGUGCAGGGGACAGGUCUGCAGAGGCACUUUCCCUCCUGCUGUGUGCAGAAGGCAUCGCACGUGGCUCGCUCCACCGCUGGACAAAGGGAUGGCUGUCCAGAGAGGGGUUUUGCUUUUGAGGAAGCUCUUGUCCUCCUGCUGAGGAGGGAGCUUGGCCUUGCUUUUAGUUUGGAUGCUUCACCACGAUCAUGUCUUGUGCUUUUUUAAUUUUAGUGGUCUGAGUGGUUGGACGUGCAUACUCCUGCGAAAGCUCAUCUGUCCUGCAGGUCGUGAGGGCUGCAUGGUGCUGGUGUCCAGCCACUAGCACGGCCAGAGGGAGCCCCAGCUGCUUUCGGAAAGGCUGGUGGAGGCCGUCAGGCCCGCAGGCACAGCGGGGCGAGUGCUCCCCAUCUCGUCCCUUUUCUCCGGAGGUCCCAGGCUGCUACAGCUGGGGCUCCUUGCUGAGGUCAGCCUGUCUUUGGGGUGCAGGCGGUUGCAAUGAGUGCAGAGCUCUGGCGUGAGGUCAGGAGUGGAGGUGGAAGGUGUGUUUCAGAGGAGGCUUUGUUGCUUUGCCAUGCUUAUUUGUGGGGGGAAAAAAAAAUGAAAAAAGUAAUAAUCCUGCUGCACCAUUCGCCUGUCUGUCCCUCUUCCUGCUGCCCCCCUCGCACCCCCGAUGGUGGCUCAUCACUGUAGCCCUUAGGGUCCCUCGAUUUUUGGCAACUGCUCAUCUUGCUUGGGACUGGUUGACUGUACUGUAACAAAACGAUGCGUUAACCUCAGUAUCCUGCCACGUGUGUACACGUUCAGCAAGGCAGUGCAGAGGGGGCCUUCUAGCUGUUAAUGCCUUUCCAGUUAUUUUAUCAAAAAAAAAAAAGGAAAACUGUAAAUGUAGCAAGCUGUGUUUGCAAUGCUUAUUUUCUCCUGUCUCCUCUGAGACUGGUUAUGUCACUUUGUCACUGUUUUGAAAUGGAUGCUAGGCUCUUUUUAAGAGAGGGUUGCUACACUUGAUGUUAAAUGCCUCGCUGACUCGUUUUUUUGGUUUGGGUUUUUUUUUUU